GCGCGCGGCGUGGCGCAGAGGAAGGCGGCUACCCUGGACAGCGCAUCGCGGCCGCGCGGCCAUGGAGCAUCUGAAGGCCUUUGAUAAUGAAGUUAAUGCUUUCUUGGACAACAUGUUUGGACCACGAGAUUCUCGAGUUCGAGGGUGGUUCCUGUUGGACUCUUAUCUCCCAACCUUCAUUCUUACCAUUAUAUACCUGCUCUCAAUAUGGCUGGGUAACAAAUACAUGAAGAACAGGCCUGCUCUUUCUCUCAGGGGAAUCCUUACCUUGUAUAACCUCGGAAUCACACUUCUUUCUGCAUAUAUGCUGGUGGAGCUCAUCCUCUCCAGCUGGGAAGGAGGCUACAACCUGCAGUGUCAGAAUCUGGACAGUGCAGGAGAAGGUGACAUCCGGGUAGCCAAGGUCUUGUGGUGGUACUACUUCUCCAAACUAGUGGAGUUCCUGGACACGAUUUUCUUUGUUCUUCGAAAAAAGACCAGUCAGAUCACCUUUCUUCAUGUCUAUCACCACGCCUCGAUGUUUAACAUCUGGUGGUGUGUUCUGAACUGGAUACCUUGUGGUCAAAGCUUCUUUGGCCCAACCCUGAACAGCUUCAUUCACAUCCUCAUGUACUCCUACUACGGCCUCUCUGUGUUCCCGUCCAUGCACAAGUACCUCUGGUGGAAGAAAUACCUCACACAGGCUCAACUGGUGCAGUUUGUGCUCACCAUCACGCACACACUCAGUGCUGUGGUCAAGCCCUGCGGCUUCCCCUUUGGCUGUCUCAUCUUCCAGUCUUCCUAUAUGAUGACACUGGUUAUCCUGUUCCUAAACUUCUAUGUUCAGACAUACCGGAAAAAGCCAGUGAAGAAAGAGAUGCACGAGCAACCUUCAGGGAAAGAGGUGAAGAACGGUUUGCCCAAAGCCCUCUUGACUGCGGCUAACGGUGUGAGAGACAAGAAGGUGCAAUGAAGAGAUGGGAGACGCACACAGUGCAGCAGCCCGCCGGAUAGAUGAGCUUGUUUUAGAGCAAAGACUGAAUUGAAAGUUGUAUGUUUUAGCAUAAACUAAUUCCUUUUGAGUUUGUAAAUCAUUUGUACCAAGAAUGUAUUAUAAUAUAUUGCUAUUAGGUUACUCUAUUAAUUGAAACGAUGCCGACCUCUACAAACCUCAGAACAGGUGCAGCACCCCCUCUCCUGAGCUCUUCGUAAUGCCUUAUUCACGCAGAAAACCAGGAGACAUGGGCUUUGUUUUCACAGCAAGUCUUCAGAGUUAAUUUUCUUUAGAUUAAAUAUGUAAAAUAAAAUGUUAAUUAUAUUAUAAACGCCAGGGUCUGCUCUAGUCCAUGUCAAGCAAUAACUGUCAGUGCAUAAAUUGAUAAUCAAUCCACUUGCUCCUUAAGGCAUCAACCCUAGGAAGCGUUUAAAUGGGAUCCUUAGCAAAGGACAGAAUCUAGCAUCACCUCUCCUCUCUAGUCAGGGAGUCUGCUACAGUUUUUAACCACUCUGAGUCUAAAUUUAGUGAUGUCGUACUGAGAUUCAUCAUCAACACAGUUUAAAGAUUACUCAUUCUGUAAACAACUUGAGCUGGGUGUGGUAGCAUAUACCUGUGAUUCCAAGUGUUUGGGUAUUGAGAUAGCCUGGGCUACAUGGGCACAAGAAGACCCUGUCUUAACCAUAAAAAAAAUCCUUUUUGCCAAAUGGUCAUAACUCAGGGGCUUUCAGCAGGAGCUAGCUCUGUUUCAAUUCACUUCGUCAUUCAUACAUUCCUGUCUAUCUCCCUUGCUAGUCUGGAUUCAUAGAGUUACAUAUCAAAAGCUGCCAGGCUUUUUCUAAACAAAGGCUGGAGUCCAAGUACAGCUCUCCCUGGCACAGAAAUGCAACUGGACUACUUAUAAAUCAUAAUCAGCAGGGCCCCAGGGACAAAAGAGACCUCACAUUUGUCAACCGUUGCUUCUGAACCUACUCAUGAAUAUUAUCCCAAGUAGUUGCUAUAUAUAAUCUUCCUAAGUUUACGUUUCAGAAAACAGAAAAGGAUGUAGUCAUUUGGAAAGCUCCUGUGGGCUGGGAAUAAGGCACAGUGAAAAUGUGUCUGGCCAAGCACAUGCUUUCUCUGAUCAGAACCAUGGUCUCUGCUGAGAAGCCAGUACAGAGGCAGACCAAGGCCCAGGUCAUUUCCUUCAGGUCAUCCUACAGCUGAUGGACCGAGCACCACAGUUAAACUGUACCAAGCAUGAAACAGUACAUUUUCUAAAGCUUACACAAAACAUGACUUAGUAACUUGGACUCUAUGAUCUCUCCAUUUUAGCAAAUAUGUACUUGGGUCAUGGCUCUGGCAUCUAGCACAUGGUAGGCUUUUCUUAAGUGCCAACGAUAGUGCCUGCCCACCCCUGUCUUCCCUUCCUGGGCAAGCACCCAUUUUAACUUUUCCCUAUAUAAAAACUGUGCUGACUUUUUAAACUCAUAAGUACACGCCCUUCUCAGUGGUGUAUUUUGGUGAGCACCACAGUCCUGUGCAUCCACUAUUGCCAUCCUGUUGAUCAGAUUCUUCCUGUCAAUGUAUUUUUACGGGAUUUUCAUUUUCCCAAACUCCCAGGUGCUUAACGACCAUUUCCAGUGACUUAGACUUAAACAAGCAUAUUCUUCUUUCCUAAGAAUUCAUUUAAAGGGUCAGCUGAGUAUGGGACUGUUCUGUGACAAGACACAAGUUAAUCAAAGGAGCAACCUCCAUGGUGAAACUGAAGUUCAGUUUUACUUCUCAAACGUGGUUCCAAAUCUGUUACCGAAAUGAAUUCUGGGUAAAAAUGAGGCAGAAGAGGUGUCACUGGUCCUUGCACCCAUGUUGCUCUUACUUGCGAGUGAGGCACUGAAGUCUCACUGUGCAUCACACCUGCGGCUGAGAUGUCUGCACAGCUUCAUCUGUGUAGCACAGAGGACACCAUCUCUGUACAGCACUUCAAUAACGGCAGCUCAAAGAACCAGCCAGCUUUAAUCCUUCCAGAACAAAGCUCCGUACAACACUAAGCCUUAAACCACUCAAGGGCCAGCAAGACAUGCAGAGCUAAGAAACCUAAGCUGCAAAAUGGGAUCUGAUAAAUAUUUUAACCCAUUUAUUUUUAGUGCGAAUUUUCUAAAAUAGAAGUAUAAAAAUGUCUAUCUCUGUAAUCUGAUAAAAUGGUUUUCCCAAGUAAAUUACCUUUUAUUCAUGAGAACAAAAGUACAUGCACUUUGAAAAUUGAGGGUUUUCCUUUUUGUUUUCCUUUGAAAGUACUGCAUCUAAAGAACACAGUAUCAUGACUGGGGAGAAAGGGAGGCAGAAGCCAUUUUUCUUUUAGAUAAAAAGAAUUCUGUGUGAUUGUUGUAUAAUAAAUUGAUUUUUAUGCUAAAACAUGUUACAAUUUUUCUUAUUUGGCUCAAAGAAGCUAAAAAUGUGAGCCUAUGUGGUAUUCCAAGUUGUCUAUUAUUUGGGGAUUAUUUUUACCAAUAAAGUGAUAUUUUAGUGAUGAA